UCGGCGCCCAGUUCAAUUCUUGCUAGGCGACAUUGUAGAUUGCUGCACGUGGUUUGUUACUUGCCGACGGUUGACAGUGGAAAAAUGAGCCACAUCUUGGUCAAAUGGGUAACAGCCGAGGCCUGGGAUGUCUACCCGACACGGUUCAUGACCGACGUAGCUACUGCGACACAAAUAAUGUCUGACCCGUCAAUUGUAGAGACGCUGGUAGGGCGAACAUAUCAGGUGGCAUGGAAAACGGGAGAGCCGCCAGCGGAUGCCUAUUUGGUGGCUGCAGGAGAGGAAAAGAAACUUGAGCGGAAAAGAAACCGUCUGGCGUCGCGCGCUUCGGCACAUAACACGACACAGCACAGUAGUUGCUGUACGCACUUGGAUCAGCUGAAGGAAGCCGAAAAAGAGAACAGUCGCCUUAAGCGGAAGCUUGAAGAGCAGCAGGACCUGUAUGACUUGCAAAAGACCGUGCGGACACUAAAACGUGUCAUUCGGGAUUUGAAAGGCGUGGGGGAGACCACGGUGUCUGAAUUGAACAUGGUAGACAUCGGACAUGGAGUCGCUGUCUCUAAGGCCACACUCACAAGGCUCGAGGAGACGUACAAGGACUCGGCGUGCAAGUUUGCCAGGUCACUCAUGAGGGUAGUCUUCACAGAUGAAGAAAUGAUAAAUAAGUCAUUGUUUGGGAAGCAGGCAAACAGCCACAAAGAGAGGGAAGUCAAGCCUGCGCUGGACAGCAGGCGCGUGAACGCAGUCCUCGGUAUGUUUGCUUUCUAUUUGGGGUUGUGA